GAUACGUCACCGUGUGCCUGAGACCCUCCCCCCGUGCUUUCUGCUGUGAGGGGCUAGUCAGCCCUGGGUAGGAGAGUGAUGGAGAGGGACGGAGGGUGCUUGUUGUGAGGGCUGAGCGGCGGAAAGCGGACCGGCAACUGGCAGUGAGGAGGGGCGAGUAGCGGCCGGAGGUGUGAGCGGUGUGCCUUGCUUUAUCUACAUUACUGUUUCCCCUUUCAACAGAGGAACAUGGACGACUCUAUCACCUCACCCCUUUGUGUUGUUUUGAAUGGUACAUCUGCAAGCAAGCAAGGCCUUUUAAUAUGAGUGCUGCUCACUUUCUCCUCUUCAAUCAAUUUCCUCCAUUACAAAGCCAUGCCGUUGGUCAAGAGGAAUAUAGAACCCAGGCAUCUUUGCCGUGGAACAUUGCCAGAUGGGAUCACUAGUGAACUGGAAUGUGUAACUAACAGUACAUUGGCUGCGAUCAUUCGCCAGCUGAGUAGCCUAAGCAAGCAUGCAGAAGACAUAUUUGGCGAGUUGUUUAAUGAGGCGAACAAUUUCUACAUCAGAGCGAAUUCUCUUCAAGACCGAAUUGAUCGGCUCGCUGUUAAAGUCACCCAGCUGGAUUCAACAGUGGAAGAGGUGUCUCUGCAAGAUAUUAACAUGCGCAAAGCGUUCAAGAGUUCGACCACACAGGACCAGCAGGUCGUCUCAAAGAACAGCAUCCCGAAACCGGUCAUUGAUAUAUAUAGAACGUGCGACAGACCUCCUCCUCUCGAUAUACUUUCAGCAUACAGAGAUGACAAAAAGGACAGCUUAAAGUUCUACACCGAUCCGUCGUACUUCUUUGACCUCUGGAAAGAAAAAAUGCUGCAGGACACGGAAGAUAAAAGGAAAGAGAAAAGAAGACAGAAGGAACAGAAGCGAGUAGACGGCACGACUCGGGAAGUCAAAAAGGUUAGGAAAGCCAGGAACCGACGCCAGGAGUGGAACAUUAUGGCAUAUGACAAAGAGCUUCGACCUGACAACAGGUUGUCUCCAAACGUGUUCCAAGUAGCAUCAUCCGAAGGGUCUCUGUCCCCCGAUACUAGGUCUCAUAUAUCGGAUAUUACCGAAUACUCCUAUCCUGCGACUCCUAACCACUCCAUCCAUCAUCACCCUAUGACGCCAACCUAUAUGGGGUCAGUAGAUCCCCAGCAUCAUAUCGGCACUAGCCAAACCAACGAUCAUGAUUAUAGAUCUGCCUCUGGGACUCUCAGACAUGGCACCCUAAGCAGACCUCAGCAGCCGCCUCCGCCCCCGCCAGCAGGUGUGGAUGGGACAAGCCCAGUCCCUAUUGUAUCAGCUAAUGGCAGUCUUAGGCGGGUGCUUCCUCCUCAGAUGAUGGAGUAUUACCCCACUGGAUCACCCCCGCCACCGCCGCCAGUAAUUCCUUCUGCUCAGACAGCAUUUGUUAGCCCUCUGCAACACUCCCUACCUUCAUCCCCGGCGGCACAGAUGUCUGGAUCUACAUAUGCACCCUCUCCACCCCCGGGUGGAAUCAUAAACCUUUUAGCAUCUCCUGGACCUCCCCCACCACCGCCCGGCCCUCCAGCAUUUGCCCAGUCUCUCGCAUCAUCGCCAAUGCAUUUUGCCAGAGUUUUAGAAGCUAAAAGACUUGACGGUGCACAGUUACUUGGACUGACCAGCGAUGCUCGCAGUGAUCUUCUUUCUGCUAUUCGGAUGGGCAUUCAGUUAAAGAAAGUGCAGGAGCAGCGUGAGCAAGAAGCCAAGCGCGAGCCCGUUGGAAAUGACGUUGCCACCAUUCUGUCCAGGCGCAUUGCCGUGGAGUACAGCGAUUCUGAGGAUGAAUCAGAAUUUGAUGAAAACGACUGGUCUGACUAAGAAUCGGGGGGUGGAGGGGGGGAUUCUCUGCACAAUCUGUAUGGAAUAGGCCAGGAACAUGCAUUUGAGUCGCCACUUUCAGCUCAUUGUCUUAUGUCUCCUGAAGUGCAGCACAAUUGGAUCUCAGGGAUACAGAUACGCACAUCAUAUUUCCACUGAAUGAAACUCUGCUAUAGCCCAUGGAAAUUAGACUUUAAUGUAAGAGUUGUUAUUUUUCUUUUGUAUCACCUAAAUUGGACCAGCUCACUUUCUAAAGCCUCUGAGCAGUACAGCAGGUAAUAUACAUGAAGUGUUCUGUGGAUAUAUAUAUACACACACACACCACAUUAAAACAGUAUUAAGAGUACUUAUAUGUUGGGAGGAAAAUGUCCCAUUAAUAUAUGAGAGAGAUGGGCAGCCAGAUUGUUGACAUGCUUGAUACAAAUGUAUAUGUAUGAAGUAAGCAUAGUGGGCUCAGCAACUAUUCUGCCAGUUAAGGUAACCGUACCUUAUAUAAGGCAGUGCGCUAUAUACAGGCAUCACAAAGACAUAUUUGUGUUUCCAGUGCCAGCUAACCCUACUGGUGCAGGAGAUGUACUGGUGUCAUGUAGGACAGAAGGAAUAUUAUAGGAUAAAUAGCUGUUAGUAUCUCUUUAAAUCAGCUGUAUAUUUUUAUGAAUGAAAGUUGUCAUAUGAACUAAUAUACUGAGGUAGAUAUAGUAGGGAGGAUAACAUCUAAAAAACAGAGCCUUUUUUGCAGUGAUUAUGCGCCAUAACUGGCGUUGUAGAGUUACUAACAGUGGCACUUACCACUCGUCGCCGCUCUCUUUGUUUUCAGAAUUUUUAUGCAAACUGGAAAGAGAGUGGAUUUUUAGUGGCAGUGUGAAGUGUGCCUAUCUGUUGCCAGUUACACACCGUUACUUUCAAUUAACUUUUAGUCUGAAGUAGACAUUAAUAUUUUAAGACAAUUAGCAAUUGGUCUUCAUUUUUUAUUUUGGUGGGUUUUCAGGUAUUGGCCAAUGUAUGGCACUGACUAGGCAACAGAUAGUAUGGUCACCGGCAGAUUUAAUUCUUAAAUCAAUGAACUUACCAAUAGCUUUGGGACAGAGUAAUCGUAUCCAGUGCUUCUCAGCUCUGUUUGGCCAGGGCUAACAUAGUUCUACCAUAUGAUAUGUGCAAGUAUACAGUGUAAAGGUUACCUUGAUGUUUCAUGCCAGACUCAUGCUUUUAUGUGGGCCCUGAAUUCUGCCUGCGAAGGACCCAGAUGAAAGUCACAUUCCUUUUCCUCCUGCCUGCGGCCUGUUUAGCAGAACUGACCAGCAGGUGGCGCUGUUACUUUUAGUAUGUUAGCAGUGUAAAAAUUGUCAAUAUCUUGAAAUCUAGAAAUAAAAUGCCAUUAAUUGCAAAAGUGCUUAGAAGAGGGCUCUGAGCAAUUUUACAUUCAUUUAUUAUGAGGGCUGACAUUUCCGUUACGAGAAGACAGGCCUUCUCCAGUUACUUGCUGGUAGUGUUGGGUGAAACUAUAAUACUGUUUAUCAGCCAGGUGAAUGUAAGAGGGCUACCCAGUGUUACACCUGUAUAAUUAAUACUAUAGCAGUAUUUUAUAUAUACUUAUAUAUACUGCUCCAUUCAAUUAACUGCCUAUUAAGCUGUGAGACAGGUUGGGGGCUCUGUACUGUGUGUGGUCUGUAAGACUUGUGCAAACAGUAGAUUGGUUUGGUGCAUAAGAGAAAUCCCCAGUUUAACCCACUCUGAGCCAUUAACUCCUGUGCGUUAGAAAUGGCUUUACCCACAGUGUUGGGCCCACGUCUGGGUAUGAAAGCGUCGGCGCCGGGGCAGGAACGUUUCUCUUCAUUACAAGGAAAGGCUGCUGAUGUCCGCUUGGCAAGUCAUUUUAAUGUGUUUAGGAAUAAUUUGUCUUUUUUCUCUUUCAUUUACAUUUUAUAGUUUUUUAAACAAAUUUGUUGCCCCCGGCCGAUAGGGGGAGAGCUCUGUACAUUUGGGUACUUUUUUAGGCUCUGCACUAGUAUUUCCCAGUGUAAAUGAAACAAUUUGUUCGUACUAAUCUUUUAUGGGAUCAUUUUUCACCGUUUGUAUAUUUAGUCAGACAGUGUACAAUUAACUAUUAAAUACAUUUUAAGGUUA